GCAUUUAUUAUAUUUUUCUUAGUUAAUCAAUUCUGCAAAAAGAAAUGAAGCCGAAAACUGAAACGAGUAGAACAAGAAAAACGCCGGAAUCUAUGGAGGUUCGUCUCCGAUUCAGAUUACGAAGACCAGUUUGAUCGGCAUCGAAGCCUCUGAAUCUGAGACAGGAGGAGAAGAAGGCGAGGAACUCGGUGUUGUGACUGAUACACUUGUGGGAAAGCUCGAGAACUAUGAGAUCGUAUCCGAUAUGAAUGGAAACCCUAAAUUUCAGGCAGGAAGCUUCCGACCAGAUCCGAUCGGCAAAGGGGGUAUUCGGCGAGCCGAUAUCCUUUUCCGGUGGCUGAGCUUUACUGGCGCAUGGAAUCCUCCGCUGCCGGAGACGGUGGAGGGGUCGGUGUCGAUUGCGGCGUGGGUACGAUUGUUUGGGUGCGGCGGAGGAAUGGCUCUUGGUGGCCGGGUCGCAUUCUCGGGUCGGAUGAGCUGUCGGCGUCUCAUCUGAUGUCGCCGAGAUCGGGAACGCCGGUGAAGCUCCUUGGGAGAGAGGAUGCCAGCGUGGACUGGUACAAUUUAGAAAAAUCCAAACGUGUUAAGGCAUUUCGAUGUGGAGAGUUUGAUGCUUGUAUUGAGAGGGCUGAAGCUUCCCAGGGCACUCCUAUAAAGAAAAGGGAGAAAUAUGCCCGUAGAGAAGAUGCUAUUCUUCAUGCUCUGGAGCUAGAGAAGAAGCAGCUCGGGUUGCAGCAACGAAAACGGGGCAUUGCUACAUAUGUUAUGAGCAGAAAAAACAGUGGAAGUCAUAGAAGUGAGUUCUCUAACCUCUGUUCUCCAGAAUCCUACAUGAUACAUGAUGAUCAUGUUAGCGAUAGGAAGUUGUCUGAUAAACCACAGAACAUUUUGACAGAAACAGAUUUUUCUGAGGGGGAAGAGAAUUUGAAUGGCCCUACUUAUGCAAACAAUAGAAGUGUUAAGCAGUUCAGAUGGGAAGAUGAUAAUUCUGAAGUCAUGCCUAGGAUGAGAGGUCUUCAAGAUUUUGGUCUUCGGACAGCCCAAUCAAAAAAAAAGCUUUCUCAAUUUGAUAAUUGGCGGAAAUCCGGGAAACCUUUAGAUAAUUAUGUUGAGGUGCCAUCUGGUUCUGGGUGUAAUCUGGAGGAUGCCGUUCAUGCCACUAAUAGCAAAAACUGUGUAUCAGUUAAAAGGAAGAGAUCACAGAGCCGGUUGGUUGAAGAAUCUCUCUUGAGAAAACGUGACCGUCGUCGACCACUUGUUCAAGUUUUGCAAAGCAGUGCAAAGUUAGCUUCUCAUUUGUUUCAGUGCAAUUACAAUACUGUAGGGAUUUCAAUGCCCAGAGAAAAGGAGCAAGUGCAAUCUAUCUGUAGGGCAAAACGGAAUAGAUGCGCAUAUUUACCCCGUGAUUCAGAUGAGACUUUUGAGCAUGCUGAGCAUGAUUCUGAGUCAAUGCCAGAAAAUCAGUUUGGGGCAAGCAAAUUCCUUGAUAAUCCAGUUGAUGUUGUUGAAGGAUAUAUAUCUUCUGGUAUGAUUGAAGCAAAUGACUCAGAUUCUUCAGAAGCUGACUAUUUGGAACCUAAUAUGGGAGCACUGGCAAAUAUCUUAACAGAUACCGCACAUGUACUGCUACCAGGAUCAAAAGAUUGUGAAGCUCCUGAAUUUCAAGUUUCAGACAAGUUUAGGAAGCUAAAUGACCCUCAUUCUGGACUUAUUUCUCAGCUAAAUGAGCACAUUACAGAUGUAUCUGCAGAAGUUGGAGUUUCCAAGUGGCAUAUGAAGGGGAAGCGGAACUGUAGAAAUAUAGGAAAGAGACCCAUGGAUGCAAGUGAUGGAAAGAUCAAUUCUGCAGAGAACUGCAAUGGCUUCAUGAAUGAAACCACAUAUGAAAACAAAGCAAGCAGUUUGAAUUUUGAAAGAGCAGAGCUAUCCAACGAAAGAGCCCUAAGUUGGAGAAGGGAAUCCUUCUAUAAUUGUGAUGAGAGUGAUCUGAUCGAUAAGGAUUUAGCUGAAAACCAGUUGAAUUUAUAUGACGAUUGGAGAAAUCCUGUCUCUUUGCAGACUACCAAAGACGAUGGGAGAAACCACAGCAGCCUCAGCCUCAAUGAUUCUGACAACCAUUCCCCUUCUAUCUGGGAGGCUGAUGGUCCAUCUAAUCUAACUCACAGUACAUUCUGGGAGGAGCCAACAGAAAAUUUCCACCCUGUUUAUGCUAGCGACAUUGUCAAUGAAAUGGAGCCCUUUCUGGUUGAUGUGGAUCUCAAGGUUGAAGCUAGCUAUCAAGGCGAGCAUGUCCCUCUGGUUUCUUUGAUGAGCAGACUCAAUGGCAAGGCAAUAAUUGGUCACCCUGUUCAGAUCGAAAUACUCGAAAUUGGCUCAACCAUUCAUCUUUUCUCUAAAUUUGAUGUUAUUUCUGACGAAACUGCGGCGCCACAGCCCAUGUGGCGGACUGGAAGAAGAACUGCAAUGCAAAGAGUUCCUCGUGUCAACCCAUUAACUACUGCUGUAGAUGAUGAGGAUCCUUCAGAUCAUGGAAGCAAACCACCAUCUAAUAAGAAGCCAUAUUCUGGCUACUUAAAUCAUCAAACAAGGCUCCCAAAAAAGAGCAUUUUCCAUACUCGAUCGAAGAAGUUCCAGAAGAAAAUUUCGAAGAGGUUAAGCUCGUCGAGUCAGAAAACAAGAACCUUAUCUUCCUUUGCAUCAGGUGACAAGCUUGAUGAUGAGAGCAGUGGUGUUAAGCUAACCAGAAGCAAUAAUGAUAUAAUGGAAGGCCUAAUCAAACCUGAGGGUUCUGUGCCACUUGUGGCUUGCGUCCCUGUGAAAGUUGUGUUCAGUAGGUUGUUGGAAGCCGUCGGCAAACCAUCAGCAGCGGCGGUAACUCGUCGCAUUAGAAUGAACAGUCCAGCAAUCAGAGCUCCAUCAUAGCCAUCUGUGCGGUAUAUUACUUUUGAAUCUUAAACAAACAAAGAGAAGCUUGAAACCGAGCUGGGAAUUCCGCCAUUAAUGCCUGAAGUUUCUUAGCUCAUAGUUGCAUGUAUUGAAGGUGGAUGUGCCUUCCCAGAAUCAUUAUCAGGAAAUUCUGUUAAAUUCAAGUAAGUUCAGUAGAAAAAUGUAUUGUAUUGUUGUUCAAAGUAUCCUGUAUCUUAUUCAAAUAGAAAUUAGAGACUUGGCUUAGUUGAGCUUCCAUGACAAUUGCUUCCGAGAGCACCAGCUGCCUCAAGGUAAGAGCUUUUGUGGGCUCUCUUGUAAAGUACUAACGGCAACUUUUGUUAUUUAAGCUUUGUUGCUACAGAUUCGGCCUAAUAAAUUUGCAGAAUUCUUGUAAAAGAACAUUAGAAUUAGUUCAAUUUUUGUAAUCGGUAUUAUGUUGAUGUUUCCUGUAUCUAUGUGAUGUGGAACAGAAAAAAAAAAUUAAAUCAAAUGGUUCUGCUAUUGACCAAAA